AAAACCGAGAUGUUCCUAACAAUCGUCCUCUUUGGAAUCACGUCUGAAACGAUUCAAUAAGCAGAAUGAAGACUGCAGCGCUAUUUUUCUUUGCUACAAUUGUUUUGUACGUUCAAGCCGUAACCGAUGAUGAGGCUCGUCAUCAAUGGUUAGAAUUCCAGGAAACCUACCAAAAGUCAUAUAGAUCUCCUGUCGAAGCCGAAAAACGUUUUACUAUCUUCAAACAACACCUAGAAGAAAUCGAGGAACACAACAAGCUCUAUGAAGAAGGUAAAGUGACAUGGACAGAAGGAGUUAAUAGAUUUUCCGACUGGACUGAGGAAGAAUUGAAAGAGUAUAUGAGUCACGGUGUACUUCGCAGUGCUUUUUCGAGUGAAGAUCAAGAAAUUCAACGUAAAUGGAACGAAUUUCAGGCAACCUACAAAAAAUCCUACAGAUCCCCAGUUGAAGCCAAAAAACGAUUCGAAAUCUUCAGAAACAAUGUCAUCAAAAUGGAAGAGCACAACGACCUCUACGAACAAGGAUUGGUCACCGACAAACAAGGAAUCAACCAGUUCGCUGAUUGGACUGAAGAAGAAUUCAAAGCCUGGGUCCACAAAGGUUUGAUCAACAAAAAUGUCCGUGUUGGAAAAAUUGCACCUGAAGAAGAGCUUAUUCAACGUAGAUGGAACGAAUUCCAGGCCACCUACAAGAAAUCAUACAGAUCCCCAGUUGAGGCCAAGAAACGUUUCGAAAUCUUCAAGAACAACGUCAUCAAAAUAGAAGAGCACAACGACCUCUACGAACAAGGAUUAGUCAGUGACAAGCAAGGAAUCAACCAAUUCGCUGACUGGACUGAAGAAGAAUUCAAAGCCUGGGUCCACAAAGGUUUGAUCAACAAAAAUGUCCGUCUUGCAAAAAUUGCACCUGAAGAAGAGCUUAUUCAACGUAGAUGGAACGAAUUCCAGGCAACCUACAAGAAAUCCUACAGAUCUCCAGUUGAGGCUAAGAGACGUUACGAAAUCUUCAAGAACAAUGUCAUCAAAAUGGAAGAGCACAACGACCUCUACGAACAAGGAUUAGUCAGUGACAAGCAAGGAAUCAACCAAUUCUCUGACUGGACUGAAGAAGAAUUCAAAAACUACGAAAACAAAGGACUCCUUCCUCAAGAAGAACGUCUUGAGAAAUUCGUACCUGAAGAAGAGGCUAUUCAACGUAGAUGGAACGAAUUCCAGGCCACCUACAGAAAAUCCUACAGAUCUCCAGUUGAGGCCAAGAAACGUUUCGAAAUCUUUAAGAACAACGUCAUUAAAAUGGAAGAGCACAACGACCUCUACGAACAGGGAUUAGUCAGUGACAAGCAAGGAAUCAACCAAUUCUCUGACUGGACUGAAGAAGAAUUCAAGAACUACGAAAACAAAGGACUCCUUCCCAAAGAAACUAAUGUUGAAAAGGUUAUGCCUGAAGAAGAGGAAAUUAAGAGCAAAUGGACUGAAUUCCAGGCCACCUACAGGAAAUCCUACAGAUCACCAGUUGAGGCCAAGAAACGUUUCGAAAUCUUCAAGAACAACGUCAUCAAAAUGGAAGAGCACAACGACCUCUACGAACAAGGAUUAGUCAGUGACAAGCAAGGAAUCAACCAAUUCUCUGACUGGACUGAAGAAGAAUUCAAAAACUACGAAAACAAAGGACUUCUUCCCAAAGAAAGUAAUGUUGAAAAGGUUAUGCCUGAAGAAGAGGAAAUUAAAAGCAAAUGGACUGAAUUCCAGGCCACCUACAGGAAAUCCUACAGAUCACCAGUUGAGGCCAAGAGACGUUUCGAAAUCUUCAAGAACAACGUCAUCAAAAUGGAAGAGCACAACGACCUCUACGAACAAGGAUUAGUCAGUGACAAGCAAGGAAUCAACCAAUUCUCUGACUGGACUGAAGAAGAAUUCAAAAACUACGAAAACAAAGGACUCCUCCCCAAAGAAACUAAUGUUGAAAAGGUUAUGCCUGAAGAAGAGGAAAUUAAAAGCAAAUGGACUGAAUUCCAGGCCACCUACAGGAAAUCCUACAGAUCACCAGUUGAGGCCAAGAGACGUUUCGAAAUCUUCAAGAACAACGUCAUCAAAAUGGAAGAGCACAACGACCUCUACGAACAAGGAUUAGUCAGUGACAAGCAAGGAAUCAACCAAUUCUCUGACUGGACUGAAGAAGAAUUCAAAAACUACGAAAACAAAGGACUCCUCCCCAAAGAAACUAAUGUUGAAAAGGUUAUGCCUGAAGAAGAGGAAAUUAAAAGCAAAUGGACUGAAUUCCAGGCCACCUACAGGAAAUCCUACAGAUCACCAGUUGAGGCCAAGAGACGUUUCGAAAUCUUCAAGAACAACGUCAUCAAAAUGGAAGAGCACAACGACCUCUACGAACAAGGAUUAGUCAGUGACAAGCAAGGAAUCAACCAAUUCUCCGACUGGACUGAAGAAGAAUUCAAGAACUACGAAAACAAAGGACUCCUCCCCCAAGAAAAAAAUGUUGAAAGGGUUAUGCCUGAAGAAGAGAAAAUUAAGAACAAAUGGACUGAAUUCCAGGCAACCUACAAAAAAUCCUACAGGUCCCCAGUUGAAGCCGUGAAACGUUUCGAAAUCUUCAAGAACAACGUCAUCAAGAUGGAGGAACACAACGACCUCUACGAACAAGGAUUGGUCAGCGACAAACAAGGAAUCAAUAGAUUCUCUGACUGGACUGCAGAAGAAUUCAAAGAAUACGUCAACAAAGGAUUGCUUCAUGACGCUACUGUUGGUACUAGCGACGAUGAAGAUAUGAUGAAAAGAUUCAACGAAUUCCAGAAAAAAUUCGGCAAAAGCUACAGCUCAGCCGAGGAAGCCAAGAAACGCUUCGAGAUCUUCAAGGAGAACGUGAAGAAGAUAGACGAACACAACGCUCAGUUCAGAGAGAGGAAGACCACUUUCGAAAUGGAAAUCAAUCAAUUCACCGAUUGGACCCACGAGGAGUUGGUCAACUGGCUCAAGGACAAUUAGAUUUGAGCAACUGAAGAAUGACUUUUGGUAGAUAGGAAACCAUGAUCACGCACAACUGUCACAUAAUAACUUUUCUUUGAUUAUUUGUACUUUGGUAGAUGGAAUAUUAUUGUACAUUUUUUUCGUGGAAUUAUAUGAUCAUUUUUUUCUAUUCAAUAUAUAAUGAGGAAAAUUA